AUCUUCACAGGAACGGAUUUUUUUCUUGCGAGUCUAGAUGUCCCUGAUUGUCUUCGCGACUCUUUACAAGAGGUGAAGGCUUUCUCUACAGCCUUUGCUGAUUUGAGAGGAACUCUGAGUAAGGAGGUUCAGUUUCAGAUAAGUGAAGCACUUGAGUCAUUCAAAUCUGAGCUAAGAAAGGAAGGGAGUUAAUCAACAUUAGACGGUCCAAGUUGGAAGAAAAUAAGAAUCAGGAAGUCAAAGAAAGACGAGAUAGUCAGGAUAACAUUUGUGACAGAUUAAGUGUUCUUGAAAGUGACUUUGAAGCUUUAAAAGAGGAAGUUCGUGCCUUAGAAAAGAAA